AUGGAGUGUGUGUACAAGAGAAAAGGGGUGGCCGAAGGCUCUUCGAGAGGGCUUCUGCGGAGAACGGGCGGCGCGUACACGCUUCUGUCGUCUUCCGGGGCAGCAAUCGACAAGGUUAUGCAAAAAACCGCUGUUGCAUUCGAGGGCUCUAUGUAUCUUGCCUCAACAGACACAGAAAACGAAAUAGAAGACACGGUCCGGAGCGCCCCCGAGAGCACAAAGCUGCUGAGCAAGCCGGUGCACAGAAAGGUGAGGGUGGCGCCACCCCCUCCCGGGUCGCUGAUAUUCACGCCGCGCGCGUACAUUGAGCCGUCGCAUCUGCGGUUUUUCAAGGACUACCAGAUAGAAGGCGUGCAGUUUAUGUUUCAGCGGCUUCGGUCGUCGAACGGGGCGCUCUUGGCGGACGAAAUGGGCCUGGGGAAGACGUUCCAGGCGGUUGCAAUUGCCCGGAUCUUCUGCCGCGCGGGCGGGCUUGUUCUGGUGGUCUCGCCUUGCUCGCUGGUUGGCGUUUGGGAGAGAGAAAUCAGCAAGUGGGCGGGGAGCCUGAAGGUGUACAACGGGGCAGUAAAGCGCCCAAACAAGUACCGGGGGCUUGAGCAGGUGCUUUUGGUGAGCUACGAGCGGCUUGCCACGCUGGACACAGAGCAGCACCGGUUCCAGCUGGUUAUCUGCGACGAAGCGCACAGGCUGCGGACAAGCACGUCGCAGGCGCUGCAGGCGCUCAAGAAAAUGGACAGCAAAAAGCUUCUUCUCACAGGAACGCCCUUCCAAAACACGCUGCAGGAGUACAAGACGCUGCUGGCUCUUGUGGACGGGCGCGCCGAAGCGGCCAAGGGGAUAAAGGAGCUGUCGGGCAUAGCCAACGAGGCUGUGCUCAGAAGAAAAAUAGAGAGGACAAGCCUGCGGCUGCCGCAAAAGGACGAGCUUGUCUGGAUAAUUCGAAACAAGGAGUAUGCGGAGUACCGAGAGUACCACGACAGCACGUCGUCCCGCGGAGGCAUACAGGACAUACAGAGGCUGCGCAUGCAGGCCUGCACGUCGCCCAGCAAGUGGGCGGUCUUUCUUACGCUGGCCAAGCAGAUUCUGGUGGAGAGAAACUCGCUUGUUGUGGUGUCCCGGUACAUUGAGGUCAUACGGCAGGCGUCGGACGAAAUAAAGGGGCUUGCUCUGAGAAGAGAGGUUCCGAUCUCUGCCCGGGAUGUUUGCGUCUUCCACGGAGAAAUGAAGGUUGCGCAGCGAGAGGACGCGCUGGCGUCGUUCCAGAAAAGCGGGCAGAAGGUUAUUAUUCUGUCGGCAAAGUGUGGCGCGGAGGGCCUUACUCUUGUGAAGUCGACCCGGAUGAUCAUCAUCGACUCGGACUGGAACCCAGCCAACGACCUGCAGGCCAUGGCCCGUGUGUGGCGGCUGGGGCAGACUCGGCCGGUUGUGAUACACCGGCUGUUUCUGAUGGGAACCGUGGAGGAGUACAUUCUUCUGGUGCAGAUGAAAAAAAUAGACCUGCAGAGGCGGCUGGAGGGCGUUCUUCCGCCGGAGGAAAUAGAGGAGCAUCUUUCGCAGUGCGAAGAGCCCAGCGUGUUUACCCCGCAGGAAACGUCGAUUGUGCACAAGUGGCUCAAGUGUCCCUGCACGGAGGGAUACCCGCUGAUCAUGAACGACGGAUACUCGCACAAGCACACGGAGGUAGGCCUUAUUCUAUCCCAAACUGUAAAUGCUGCCGAGCCCAAGGCUUCCUAG